AUGUCUCUAGAAAGCACCGUUGGAACAACUUUACUUCCAACCCCAACGGCUCUGUCCAUUCUUCAUGGCAAAUCGGAGGUGCCAUUGCUAGAUUUUACUCUCGGCGAGCUGCUAGAUUUCCAGUGCAAGAGGUAUAGGAGUAAAGAAUGCUUGGUGGUGCCUUGGACAGGAUCCAGAUGGACAUACGACCGCCUCAGAGAGGAAAGCAACCGACUUGCAAAAGCCCUUGCUGCUCGAGGGCUACGCCCAGGGGACCGAAUCGGUAUAAUGGCCGGAAACUGCGAGCAAUAUGUCUCGGUCUUCUUCGCCUGUAUGAAAACGGGAUGUAUUCUAGUCAUUUUGAACAACACCUAUACUGCAUCUGAGGCAUUGUAUGCUUUGAAAUUCACAGGUACGUCUACUAUGACGCCUUGCCAUCAAAGCCGCUCCUUAUUCGAUGUCACAGAAUGCAGAAUACUGUUUACAACUCCUCGAAUCGGCCAUCACGACAACAGGCAACUUCUCCGUCAAUUGAGAGAAAAGCCAGGCACGGUCGAGGAGAUCAUCAUUCUACGAGGUCCACCAAGCCAUUUCACCCCCUAUGCGACACUACUAGAGAUUGGAGCAAUCGAAUCCGAUGAGAUUCUUGAAGCAGCCUCGAAGGCAUUCAGCUCCCAUGACGUUUGCAAUCUCCAGUUCACGAGUGGAACGACAGGAAACCCGAAAGCUGCAAUGCUGACACACCACUCCUUGGUGAACAACAGCCGCUUCAUUGGCGACCGCAUGGCCUUGACGGAUCAAGACGUUCUGUGCUGUCCACCGCCGCUCUUCCAUUGCUUUGGCCUGGUCCUCGGCCUGUUAGCCACUAUAAGCCAUGGCGGAAAAGUGAUCUAUCCCGCCGAGACCUUUGACGCUGUUGCGUGUCUCAGAGCCAUCUCGGAGGAACGAUGUACUGCCCUUCACGGCGUUCCAGCCAUGUUCGAUUCCAUUUUUUGCCUCCCGCGACCUGAGGGUUUCGAUUGCUCAGCCUUGCGAACCGGUAUCAUAGCAGGGGCUCCCGUACCUCGCCAUUUGAUGGAGCUUAUGGUCCAUGAACUGGGCAUGACCGAGUUCACUAGUAGUUAUGGCUUAACAGAAGCUUCUCCAACGUGCUUCAAUGCUUUCCACAACGACCCCACAGAUUUGAAGCUCACAACUGUGGGCCAAGUCAUGCCGCACGCCCAUGCAAAGAUCGUUGACCGACAGGGUAGGAUCGUACCGGUCGGUGAGCGCGGAGAACUCUGCAUCGCCGGCUACCAACUACAGCGAGGCUACUGGAGAAAUGCAAAGAAGACGAACGAGGUCAUGAUCCGUGACAAAGACGGCGUGCUGUGGCUGCAUACCGGCGACGAAGCUGUUUUCCACAGGGACAAGACGUGUACUAUUACUGGCCGGUUUAAGGAUAUCAUUAUCAGGGGUGGAGAAAAUAUCUAUCCCUUAGAGAUCGAAAGUCGUCUGGUCGAGCACGAGGCAAUUGACCGCGCUAUUGUCGUCGGAGUCAAGCACGACAGGUACGGCGAAGUCGUGGCUGCAUUUCUCCAACACAGCAGCUCGACUGCUCAUCGUCCCAGCGAUGAAAAUAUCCGUGAAUGGGUAAGACUGAAGCUUGGCAGACAUAAAGCGCCGGCGCAUAUUUUCUGGCUUGGAGAAGAUGGCGUUCCGGCCACAGUGCCAUUGACCGGGAGUGGAAAAGUGAGAAAGUUCGAGCUCGCGCAGCUCGCGGGACAGUUGGUGACUAAAGGGAGACCAAAAUUGUAG